AUGUAUAGUGUUGAAGUUGGCGACGCAGCACCAGGCCAAGGACGCGUUCACCGUUCUAUCCUAAGCCCGGGUGAACUCAUAACCUCUCCCGCACCCGAGGUGAAAACACUCUAUGACAUGCUUCAACAUAGCGUGAAAACAUGGGGGACCAAAAAGUCGGCAAUGGGGUACCGAAAAAUACUAAACAUUAUCGAGGAGGAAAAAGAAGUUACCAAAACGGUAAACGGUGUUGAAACUAAAGAAACUAAAAAGUGGAAGUAUUUUCAAUUGUCUGAAUAUCAUUGGUAUAACUACGAAGAGAUUCGAAAAUUACUGUAUAUGCUGCUACGAGGAGCAUUUACACAAGGGUUGACUAUUGUAACAGCAUAUGAUACUCUCGGUGAAAGUGGCCUUCUCCAUUCAAUGAACGAAUCAGAAGUCCGUGCAAUUUUCACCAACAGUGAUCUUCUCACAUCUGUAAAAAAUGUCGCUGGUAGUUGUCAAACUCUUGAAUAUGUGAUUUACGAUGGCGAACCAACGGAAAAAAUCUUGGAGGAAUUCAAAGCUGCCCAUCCAAAUAUCAAUAUCUAUACAUUGGAUGAAUUGAAACAACUGGGAAAAGAUAAUUAUAUUGAGCCAAAUCCACCACAACCUGAGGAUUUAUGUCUGAUUAUGUACACUUCUGGCAGUACUGGUAAUCCGAAAGGUGUUCUUCUAAAACAUUCUAAUCUCAUCGCUACAAUUGCCGGUAUUAAUAAAUUGUUCCAGCAAAUAGUUCAACCAGACGAUACUCUCCUUGCUUAUCUUCCACUAGCUCACGUGCUCGAAUUUGUAGUCGAACAGAGUUGUAUCUUUUGGGGUGUGACAUUAGGAUAUGGAUCAAUACGCACAUUGACUGACACAUCUGUUCGGAAUUGUCUCGGAGAUAUUCGUGAAUUUAAACCGUCAUUGAUGACUGGUGUCCCAGCUGUUUGGGAAACAAUUAGAAAAGGCGUUUUGUCAAAAGUACAAGCUAGCAGUCCUACAGUCCAAAAAGUUUUCAAUGCUGCUUUUAAGGCUAAGAUUUGGUGUAUUAACAAAGGAUUGCCGACUCGACCUUUUGAUAUUGCUGUAUUUAAUAAAAUUAAACAACAAACUGGUGGUAGACUUCGAUACGCUUUGUCUGGUGGUGCUCCGCUUUCAAAGGAAACACAAGAAUUUUUGUCGAUUGUUUUGUGCCCCAUUUUGCAAGGUUAUGGCAUGACAGAAUCUUGCGGUAUGUGUGCUAUUCUUACCCCCGAGCAAUUUUCAUACGGAACAGUUGGUGCUCCGGUACCAUGUGUCGAAGUAAAACUAAUUGAUGUACCGGAGGCCGGUUACUUAUCGUCAAACACCACACCCCAAGGAGAAAUAUGGACUCGAGGUCCAUGUAUCACCUCCGGCUACCACAAAAAUGAAAAAGUUACCAAAGAAACGUUCACCGACGAUAAAUGGCUUCAAACUGGCGACAUUGGUGAAUGGCGUCCGAAUGGGACUCUAGCUAUUAUCGAUCGCAAGAAAAAUCUCGUGAAACUCUCGCAUGGUGAAUAUAUUGCCUUGGAGAAAUUGGAAUCGGUGUACAAGUCGUGUUUGUAUGUCUCGAAUAUUAUGGUUUAUGCCGAUGCAUAUCAAAGUAAACCGGUUGCGUUGGUGUUUCCAGCCGAGCCAAGAAUCAAGGAACUCGCAAAGGAAAAAGGUCUUGGUAGUAAUUUAAAUUUUGAGCAAUUGUGCAAGCAUAAGGAUGUUGUUGCUGCUGUGCUUCAGUCUUGUCUUGCGCAAGCUAAAAAGGCAGGACUUAAACCUGUUGAGAUGAUUUCUGCAGUUGAUCUUACUCAUGAAGAGUGGACUGCUCAAAAUGGACUAUUAACGGCUGCACAGAAACUCAAACGUAAAGAACUUACUGAGAAAUUUAAAGAUGACAUCGACAGAAUGUAUGGCGUAAAGAAAUGA